GAAUUCGCCAGACACUUUCCCACCUUCAAACAAAUAAAAUUAAACUUUCAGCUACUUUUGCUAUCACACUAAAAAUCAAACUUUCACUGGUUGCCUCAAUUCUUGCGCUCAAAGUACGCAACUUAAUUCCACAGCAAAAAAGCAAACCGCGCCUAACUUUCAAAAAUGCUGCGAAAUUUUGUCGAUUACGAUCCGUAUCUUCUGGUACGACCAGGAAAUAACCACAGGGGACGACCUUCAUCAUCGGCAGCGCUAUACCCGAGCCGAAUGACUUGGCUUUCUCCGCACACUAACCAUUUGAUCCAGUCGCUCCUCCGAGACGAAGACAACUUGGACCACGACCUCCGAAGCUUAAACUCUCUUUUCGGAUCAGGCGUGAACAAUGAGCAAAUGAGGAACUUCCGAGAUGCGGCCGGAGUCGGGAAAGACGACUGGGCUUCGGUUGUUGAUACUCGGGGUUUCAAACCAGACGAAGUGAAUGUUAAAUUGGAGGGAAAUACUUUGUUGAUGUCUGGAAACACCGAAUGGCAGAGCUCGGACGGGACGCACAAACGAACGAAGACGUUCUCCCAGGCAUUCUCGAUUCCGGAAGAUGUCAAAAUGGACACUUUGAAGACGAAGAUGAUGGACGAUGGCUCUCUGGUUGUUCACGCCGAGCGAGAGAUGAAAGAGGAGAAGAAACCUUCGAUUCGGGAAAUUCCGAUCGAGAGAAUUCAGCAAAAGGAAAAUGCUGAAAGAUAG